UGGAGCAGCAUGCUGGCGUUAACUCCAGACUAACUAACGGACCACUGUAUUACUGCACAGGCUUGGAAGAGACAGACGCUUAUCUACAUGUCUACUGGAUUUGCUCCACCUUACUGUCUGACACACUAUAACGACUUCAUCACACAUUUCAGCCUUUCUUGGAGAAUUUUAGCUUUAUUUGGAACACCCUCGUCGCACAUUUCAGACAGUCUUUUUGGGAGUAUUUGAGUGUCUUUGCAGCCUUUGUGGAGAUGUUGAAGGCACUGGGCCAGGUGUUGUUCACGGGCCUCCAGACCCCAAAACACACCACUCUGGAGAGCAAGAGUAAGGAUUAUGAGCUGCGUAAGUAUGAGAGUGCUAAGUGGGUGAGCACGGAGCUGAAGGGCUUGGGGGCGGAGGCUGCCAUGAAGGAGGCAUUCAGCAAACUCUUCAAGUAUAUCCAAGGAGACAACGACAGGAAGGAGAAGGUGGACAUGACUGCCCCGGUGACGUGCCUUAUUAAACCCGGUUCUACUCCGGAGUCUGAGUCCAGCUUCACCGUGUCCUUCUUCAUCCCAGAACAGCAACAGGCCGACCCGCCCAAACCCACCAACCCCGACAUACACAUCGAGAACCGCCUCGAGAUGACUGUCUACGUGAGGACGUAUGGGGGCUUCAGUAAUGACCAGAUCUUCAGUGAUGAGCUCCAGAAGUUGGUUGCCAGCCUCCGUAGCGACGGCGUGGGCUUCCAAGAGGCGCCGUACUAUCGGGUGGGGUACGACCCCCCCUUCAAACUCACCAAUCGCAGGAAUGAGGUCUGGAUCCUCCAAUAGGAGCGAGAGCUGCGUCAACCAAUAAUGAAUAAGAUCUGGGUCCUGUAGAGAGCAGAUGGGGACACCUAUUUUUUUUUUUUUCAGCUAAAUUUUGGGGGACUUUUCCACAUUUAACAUCCCGAUUGCAAAAGAGAAAAUCACAUUUGAAUUGUGCUUUUGCGAGAUGUUGAAUUAAACUUCUACUGUAAAUGACGUCAUGCAACGUCAUUGCAAGGCCACCAGCACAAGGGAAGAUGGGAGAUUGGAUAAUGGAAUGCACUCAGUGGCAUCUAUAGGCAAGAUGGGCGAAAAGAGACAAAACGAUGCCAAACACACCAUUUAAGGCUCCACAAGGGUUUUACGGUAGCCUGUACGCUAGCUGGAGACAGACUGCCUCUAUAAUUGAAUAUUAAGACAUGCUAUGAUUUACCCUACAUGUGCAAGCUUUUCUUUAAUUCUAUGAUUUGAAUACUUCAGAGGACAGUUACAGUUUUUCUCGAUUGCUUCCACACAAUUUUUGGUACUUCACACACAAUUCUCGGAACAUCUCACCCAUUUCCCAACUCCCCUAACCAAUGUCACUGAACACUAAACACAAUUUCUGCUUUACACUCAUACUUCAGUCUUAAACACACUCUUUUCAAACCACACAAUUAUCUGGAUUACACACAAUUUUCAUGAAGGAAAUCCCUGGUUGUCGCAUUGAACACACUGUCAUUCAAAAUACUACAAUCAACCGCCAUACUAUGUUCACUUCCUCAUCACAUGGGCAGACUCUCUUCAUACCGGUUUACAAUCUGAAAUCAUCACCCCAUAAGGCCACACAUUGCAUGUAAUAUUGAUGAAAACAUGGGUGGAUGCAGUGAGAAAACACAUUUGUUGAGUUUUUGAACUCCAAAAUAUGUUAUACAGGAGAUAACUUUCAAGUGGUUACCCAAAAUUUUACAAUAAAUUAGUGCAUUUUUUUAAAUGUCAGAAAAAUAUGUAAAAUAUACACACAUCUGUGUACUCCAAGUCUGAAAAGAAUAUUUCAGCAUUUUACUAUAGGAAAAAUACCCUCUUUAGUAAGUAGAACACUGACGAAAAUAAGUUUCUACUGUGUGUCAAGUUGAGUAUAGACAGAGAUACUGUUGCUAUAGAGUUUUACCAGAGAUUUUUUCUAAAGCAACAGUAUCUCUGGUUUUACCUUGUGCAUAUUAGUGUUCAAUGGUUCACAUAAGAGUGUAUACAAAUGACUGCUUGUGUGUGUCAUUUGAGAACAAAAUUACCUUUUUAGAAGAGAGUACAUUGUUUUGAGACAAGACGUGCAUUUUUCAGAGGUAGUGAAGAGUUUUGCCCAUUGUGUGUGAGGUUUUGAGAUUUGUGUGUAGAGUUUUGAGAAUUCGAGAACUGGUUCCGAAAAUUGUGUGUAAGCAAUCGAGAAAAACUGUAAUUAACAGUGUUGGCUUAAUAGUUGAGCUGUAGACUAUGUCUGUGUAAAUUAUCUGUCUGACCCUAUCACUCCCAUUUGUAAACUAGGCUAUAAAGACCUUUUGCCCAGGUCUUAAUUAAGAGCAUUUUAUCUGUUAUUCUCCUUGGAUGGAUGGAUCAUACACAUUUUCUCUAAAUAAAGAUUUGCAAAAGAAAUUCA